AUGGCGGAGUCCGAAGCCAUUGUUGUCCAUGAGGACGCGCUGGAUGCGCAAUGCCAAGUGGCGAGCCGCUCUAUCGACCAAUUGAUCUGGCAGGCGCCCCAUGAAGUCGCGAAGGCGGUGACGCUCUUUGGGCCAGGUGUCGUGGUCCUGCCGAUGAUGGGGAGGGUCUCCGGACUGGAGCCCCAAGCGGCGCUCGAGUACUCGGCGCACCCGUCGCGCGCCUCCGGUGGCUUGAUGGACCGGCUGGACUUGGAGCUCAAGUUUGGACCGUUGGAUCCCAGUCGUUUGAUCAAGGAGCUGAGCAGCAGUAAGGAGGCUUUGGAGAAGCGCUUGGAAGGCUUAGCGAACCAAGAGCUCCAAGAGGAAGUCUUGGCUCUUCAAGACUGGCGAGAGAAGGCCAUGGGCCGUCUCAAAACCCUCGAGAAGCGUGCAGCCUGGGCCUUUCUGGGUGUCGCCGGCGAAGGCGUCGCCAGCCAGGCGCGCGCGGAGAUCAAGAAGGCCUUCAAGCGGAGGGCUCUGGAGCUGCAUCCCGACAAAGGCGGCGAUGCGGAUCGUUUCCGACUGCUCCAGGACGGAGUUGAGGGUCGAUGUCUUGUGCCUCGGUCUGGGAGAGGGAUCAACGGUGCUUUCUUGGCUGCUUUCUUGGGUGGUUUGAUGUGA